GCCUACACCACCGCCGCAAGGAGUGGCAUACUGCCGCCAUCCGUCGCACUCAAAGUUCGCCAUCCGUCAUCUAGCUUCCCUCGUGCUACAAGUCUUCAACCCCUGUUCGCUGUCACCGAUCGCGGCUGCUUCCUCGAGCUCGGCGUCCGUCGUCUUUGUCUGCUCAGCCGCGCUUCCGUCGCCGUUUGUUUGCCGUUCACGUUCGCGUCUUCGUUCAAGUUCUUCGCCGUUCGCGUUCACUCGCUGUUCACCGUUCGAGUUCGCGUUCGUCUGGAAGCCACGUUGCUCUGCUUCAAACUCUGCGACCAACCCGCGCGCUCCACCCAGCCGUCGAACAGCUCUCUUUUGUCGCCGCCAUACUCUUACUCAGAAACCAACUCUUCCGUGACACCCAUCAGCUUCCGCGAAUCACCGAAGUUCUCUCCGUUUGGACCUGGCCGGCUUGACCGGAAAUGGACUGGGACGUGCGCACCAGUUCAGGAGGAAGUGAACCGGACAAGGCUAGAAGAGGAGCGGAACCGGGUCCUUGGAGAACCGCUCACGGAGGAUGAGGUGGCGGAGCUCGUGGAACGAUACCGUCACAGUGACUGUGCAAGGCAAAUCAAUUUGGGGAAGGGAGGAGUCACACACAACAUGCUGGAUGACAUCCAUAAUCACUGGAAGAAAGCGGAAGCUGUCAGAAUCAAGUGCUUGGGUGUGCCAACUCUUGACAUGGACAAAAUUUGUUUCCACCUCGAGGACAAGUCUGGUGGAAAAGUCAUCUACCGAAACAUCAAUAUUUUGUUGUUGUAUAGAGGUCGAAAUUAUGAUCCCAAGAACCACCCUGUUAUUCCUCUCAUGCUGUGGAAGCCCUAUGCACCAAUAUAUCCAAGGCUUGUGAUGAGUGUCAUUGAGGGUUUGACGUAUGAAAGAACGAAGGAAAUGAGAAAGAAGGGGUUGGACUUAGACCCCCUGAUGAAACUCACUAGAAAUGGUGUAUAUGUGAAUGUAGUGGAGAGAGUGAGAGAAGCUUUCAAGACUCAGGAGGUUGUGAGACUGGACUGCAGGCAUGUUGGAAUGAGUGACUGCAAAAAGAUUGGAGUUAAGCUAAGGGAUUUGGUGCCGUGUGUCCCAAUCUUGUUCAAGGAUGAACAGAUAAUCCUCUGGAGAGGAAAAACAGACCAAGAACCUGCUUUUCAGGACCACGAUGUAGUGUCUGCAGUGUAAUCUGUAAAUAUUGACAGGAUUAUAAGCUGUUGCCAUUUUUACUCUAUGGAGACACCCAUGUUCGGGGCAACAUGGCAAAAGUUGAAACGGUGCUCUCAUGAAGAAAGGAAUACACAUGAACGAAUAGACUCUAUUAUUUAUGCAUUGAUCUACUAUGAAACUAGCAAAAUGUAGUGGGAUGAGUUUUGUUUUUCCGGCAAUUAGUUGUCAACUUGUCAUGUACAUGCUUUGUUGAUGUAUUAUAUGUACUCAUUCUUAUCUUGUAAACUGAGUCAACACACAUUAGUUCACCAUUAGAUAAGGUGUUCCACUAAUCUCAUGAGGGGUUCUUAAGAGUGUCGAAUAAUAAGUCAGUCUAUGUUGGCUCAAUUUAUGUAGUA